GUUGGGUUAUUUUGUAAAUGACACGUUUCCUUUAGCAAAUAAUAAAUUCACAUUGUCAUUAACCAAGAGGACAAAACCAUCACGGAACAAGAAGCUCCUGAUUAAGGCGUGGAUCAGACAAGCCUUGUUGAUGCUUAGGCAUGUGGGCAAGUACCAGCACUUGUCUCUAUCAUCAUCACCAUUUUCUUUCUCCGAUACAAUAAUUUAUUAAUUAAUCCUAAAAAUUCAACGAAAUUCCAUUGAAAAUCUCAUAUCUAUCUAUAAAAACCAUUCUUUGUAUACAGUCCUUUAAUCCUUUUUUCUUAGUUCAUCAUCAUCUACAGGCAUAAAAGUUCCUCUGGACAUCAUCGAUAUGGAAGUCAAUUGUACGGAAACACCGUUGCUUUCGUCAAAUGAUGAUCAUGAGGAUGAUAACUACAAACCAGAGUCAACCGGUUUGGUUUCUACAAUGAAAUCAAACUUUUUCACGGAUUUGCCUCAAAAACUUCGAUCCAAAACCGAUCCUGAAAACCCUUUUCACCUUGAUGUAUCCAAAGCUGUAGGUCUUAAAAAAGAUGAAAGGGAGUACUACGAACAACAAUUGGCAACACUAAAAUCCUUUGAGGAAGUAGAAAGUUUCUUAGCUCGAUCAGAUGAGUAUGUCAUCGAUGAAAAGAGUGAAGAAGAAGAUCGAGCUGAGAGAGCUGCACAAGAGAUAGCCAUGCAAAUUUCCAAUUGGGCUAAUAUCUUCUUACUUGCUCUCAAGAUAUAUGCAACGAUAAAGAGUGGAUCGAUAGCCAUCGCAGCAUCUACACUUGACUCUUUGCUUGAUCUAAUGGCGGGAGGAAUACUUUGGUUCACACAUUUGUCAAUGAAGAACAUAAAUAUCUACAAAUAUCCUAUUGGAAAGCUUAGGGUGCAACCUGUUGGAAUCAUCAUCUUCGCCGCAGUAAUGGCCACUCUUGGGUUCCAAGUGCUGCUUGUGGCAGCUGAACAGUUGAUUACAAAUGAACCUUCAGAGAAAAUGAGUCAUGACCAAUUGGUUUGGUUAUAUUCAAUCAUGCUAACCGCAACUGCUAUAAAGCUCGUCUUAUGGAUCUACUGCAAAAGCUCAAGGAAUCAUAUCGUUCGCGCAUAUGCAAAGGAUCAUCACUUUGAUGUGGUGACAAACGUUCUUGGAUUGGUUGCGGCUGUUCUUGGGAAUGCCUUCUAUUGGUGGAUAGAUCCGUCUGGUGCUAUUCUCUUAGCCAUCUACACUAUUGUCAAUUGGUCCGGGACCGUUAUGGAAAAUGCAGUUUCAUUGAUUGGACAGUCAGCUCCUCCGGAAGUACUACAGAAAUUGACAUAUCUAGUAUUGCGACAAGGAGCCAAUAACAUCAAACGUGUAGAUACUGUCCGUGCCUAUACCUUUGGUGUUCUUUACUUUGUCGAGGUGGAUAUAGAACUCCCAGAAGAUUUGCCAUUGAAAGAAGCUCAUGCGAUUGGUGAGUCAUUGCAAAUAAAGCUCGAAGAACUUCCGGAAGUGGAAAGAGCGUUUGUUCAUCUGGAUUUCGAGUGCCAUCACAAGCCUGAACACUCCGUUCUCUCUACAAUUCCAAACGAUCUAUAAGGGAUUAUAUGCAUAUAUAUGUGUUUCUGUUUGUUUUUUUUGCUUGUGUUCUCUUCUUGUACUAUCUGACAUUUCUUUCUUGCUAUUGAAAUUUAUUUUAAUAAACAUUUUACGUUUUUUUUCCUUCAACUCCUAAAACAU